GUUAUCUGAUGUAAAAUAAGACUAAGAUUGAUUUUCAUUUGGGAAACUAUGGGUUCCAGUCAUGGAAAAUCUUCAACUAUCAGGGAUCAAUCAGUUGAAGUCGCGGUAUCUUCAGAGAAGGAAGAAAUCCUUCACACCAGGAGACGAAAACCGAAUCCAAGACUCAGCAGAGGAGUACCAAAAGGCAUAGAAGGUGAACUAGUUGUUGCUGGAUGGCCUAAUUGGCUUGUUGCAGUUGCAGGUGAUGCUUUAAAUGGAUGGCUUCCAAGAAAAGCUGAUACUUUUAACAAAAUAGAUAAAAUUGGCCAGGGAACUUACAGUUAUGUCUACAAGGCUCACGAUUGUUUGCUCAAUAAGUUUGUUGCUCUGAAGAAGGUUCGUUUUGACAAUUUUGAACCCGAGAGUGUCAAGUUUUUGGCAAGAGAAAUCAUUAUAUUGAGAAGGCUUGGUGAUCACCCGAACGUUAUCAAAUUGGAAGGUUUAGCCAUCUCGAAAAUGCACUAUAGUUUGUACCUUGUUUUUGAUUGCAUGGAAUAUGAUCUCAAGGCAAUUCAGGAACAAAAAGGUGUCAAGUUUUCUGAACCUGAAAUCAAAUGUUACAUGAACCAGCUGCUUAAAGGGCUUGAUCACUGCCAUAGCCGUGGUAUCUUGCAUCGAGAUGUAACAACUUCUAACUUGUUAGUUGAUAAAUAUGGUAUCCUGAAAAUUACAGAUUUUGGGUUGUCAAUAUUUUUUGAUCCAGAACAAAGCAUCCCCUUAACUAGCAAAAUUGUGACUCUCUGGUAUCGGCCACCAGAACUUUUGCUUGGAUCAAAUUGUUAUGGAGUUGGAGUUGAUUUAUGGGGUGUUGGUUGUGUACUUGGUGAACUAUUUACUGGAAAGCCUAUUAUGCCUGGUAAAACUGAAGUUGAUCAAUUGCAUAAAAUCUUCAAGCUGUGUGGUUCUCCAUCUGAUGAUUUUUGGCUACAAUCUAAAUUGCCUAAUGCAAAGAUAUUUAAGCCAAUAAAGCCUUAUAGACGGAUUCUUCACACGGCCUUUUAUGAUCUUCCUGCAGCUGCUGUAGGACUAAUUGACACUUUACUUUCCUUAAAAGCUGAAUACCGAGGGACUGCAGCUCUUGCUCUUCAGAAUGAGUUUUUCACAACAAAACCAUUUGCUUGUGAUCCCUCAAGUUUGCCACAGUGUCCCCCUAGCAAAGAGAUCGAUGCAAAGAAGACAGAAAUCAUGAGGAGUAGGAACCAGAAGUAUGCACGCGAUAGAAGUGUAAGGGCAUUUCCAUAUCCUGAAGCUAAUGCAGAAUUAAAGAGUAACAUAGACAGAAGACAACUCCUUACUCAUUCAAAAGCCCGGGAUAGGCUUGAAAAAAUAAACGAAUGUGUCUCAGAAGGUGUUCUAAAUGAAGGAACAAACUCCUCUGAAUGUUUUCAGGUGUCCAGCAGAAAAGAGGGCUCAGAGAAUUAUACUCAGAUUUUUGCUACUCCUAAUCAAAGGAAUAAUCAGAGAGCGAUAAGGAAAGAACCAAUUCAUGAUGACCAUGAUAUCAAGGGAAAGAAGAAGUGGUCAGGUCCAUUACCUGCUGCAUCAGAUAAAAUGCAGGAUUUACUCAGAGAGCAUGACACCAUGAUCCUCAAAACUGUUACACAUGCGAGGCUUGAGAAGGGAUCAACAGCUAAAGGGAAUGACCAUGACUCUAAGGGAAAGAUGAAUCAUUCUUUAGGUCCAUCAACGACAUUGACUAAUGACCAAAUAUCUACUCUUUUACUUGACAGGUGGACCAAUAUGCAGGGAUUACCAAGAGAGCAUGCGGCAUGGAUCCUAAAAGAUGCUCAAUGGGUGAUGUCUGACAAGAAAAAAAUGUCGGAAGGGGAAGGCAAUAACUCCAACCAACUUAUUGAACAAUUGUUGCCUCCUGCAGAAUCAGAUGGCUUUGACUUCCUGGAAGACAACCAAUAUUUUGGUCCACCUCCAUCUGUAUCAAAACCAAUUGAUGUGGAUCGAAUAAUUAGAGAGCACGACCGAUAGAUCCAAGAAUCUGUUGAACGCACUAAGCAACAGAAAAAACUAGCUAAAGCUCGGUUUUGAGAAAAUAGUCAUUUCCAGACCUGGAUCAACUAUAGUCCAUUUGAAGAAAAAACCGAGAGAGGAGGGGGAAG